AUGGACAAUCCUCCCGUCGCAACUCCUGUUUCUGCUACAGCUCUUGAUCCCUGCAUUCGUAACACCGCCUCAUAUCUACAGGUUGCCUCCUCACUUGCCUCGCCGUCCACCUUUCUUUUCAACGCGCGCAAGUCGCCUCCGACGGCCCCGCGAUCAAAAGCUAAAUCACCAUCGAGCGACAUGGACAAACGGCAGCAGCCUAGCUCAUUUCAGCAGCUAGAGAAGCUGGGGGAGGGAACAUAUGCGACGGUAUUCAAGGGACGAAACCGUCAGACUGGCGAGAUGGUCGCCCUCAAAGAAAUACAUCUCGACUCAGAGGAAGGCACGCCGUCAACCGCGAUACGAGAGAUCUCGCUUAUGAAGGAGCUGAAGCAUGAGAACAUUGUUUCGCUUUACGAUGUUAUCCACACGGAGAACAAACUGAUGCUUGUUUUUGAAUAUAUGGACAGAGAUUUGAAGAAGUAUAUGGAUAUAAGGGGUGACCGUGGACAGUUGGACUAUGCCACAAUCGUAUCUUUUAUGCAGCAGCUCCUCCGCGGCAUAGCGUUUUGCCACGAGAAUCGCGUUCUGCAUCGCGACUUAAAGCCCCAAAAUCUUCUCAUAAAUAAUAAGGGACAUCUUAAACUUGCGGAUUUUGGCCUGGCAAGAGCGUUUGGUAUUCCUGUGAACACCUUUUCGAAUGAGGUUGUCACCCUGUGGUACCGUGCACCAGAUGUUCUGUUGGGCAGUCGAACAUACAAUACCAGCAUCGACAUUUGGUCUGCUGGUUGCAUCAUGGCUGAAAUGUACACGGGUAGACCUCUCUUUCCUGGCACUACGAAUGAAGACCAGCUGCAGAAAAUCUUCCGCCUAAUGGGCACACCCUCCGAGCGCUCAUGGCCUGGAAUCUCUCAGUUCCCGGAAUACAAACCCACCUUCCACGUUUACGCUACGCAAGACCUACGACUUAUUCUCCCGCAGAUCGAUCGGCUUGGUUUGGAUUUGCUUAAUCGCAUGCUUCAGCUUCGGCCUGAAAUGCGGAUUAGUGCUGCGGAGGCCUUGCGGCACCCUUGGUUCCAUGAGUUAAAUCAGAUGCAAGCUCAGGAAGCUCAGCAUCAGGCUGCUAUCCAUCAGCAGCAGCAGCAGCAGCAACAACAACACAUAGCUACGGGGUACGGCGGCUCAGGGCUUGUGUCACAGGGUUACUAA